AUGCCUUUCGAAGCCCGUGUCAAGUCCGUUCUGUCGGGUGAUACGGUGGUGCUGUCGCAUGUCACCAAUCCCUCACAAGAACGCAUUCUCUCCUUGGCUUAUGUCUCGGCUCCGAGGUUGAGGAGGGAAGGUGAUGAGGCCUACGCUUUCCAGUCCCGCGAGUUCCUCCGUGAGCUGCUCGUUGGCAAGGUCAUCCAAUUCCACGUCGUCUACUCCAUCCCCACCGGUGCCAAGCGCGAGUACGGUAUCAUCAAGCUGCCUGGCUUCGAUGCUCAGCUUCCCGACAUCAGUGUUCAAGAGGGCUGGACCAAGGUUCGUGAGGAGGCCGGCAAGCGGAGUGACGAUUCUGAGGAAACUCUCGCGCUGCUGGACCGGCUGCGAGCCUUGGAGUCACUCGCCCAGGAUGAGAACAAGGGUGUCUGGGCCUCAUCAGACAAGGGUCUGAUUGAGAAUAGCUAUGAACUGGCCAAUGGCCAGGAAUUGGUUAGCAAGCACAAGGGAGAACAGCUGGAGGGUAUUAUUGAGAAGGUUUUGAACGGUGACCGAGUCGUGCUGCGUCUGCUCCUCUCACCCCAGGAGCACGUCCAGACCGUCGUGGCCGUUGCCGGUGUCCGCUCCCCGUCCGCCAAGCGCACCACCGCCGAGGGCAAGGAGCAGGCUGCCGAGCCUUUCGGCGACGAGGCACAGCAGUUUGUCGAGUCCCGACUCCUUCAGCGCAAGGUCAAGGUCGCUCUGCUCGGUGUCACACCACAAGGCCAGCUGGUGGUUACUCUUCUCCACCCCAACGGCAACAUUGCCCGUUUCCUUCUUGAGGAAGGUCUGGCUCGCUGCCAGGAUCACCACUCCGCCAUGCUCGGCGGCGACAUGGCUCUCCUUCGCCAGGCCGAGCUCUCGGCGAAGAAAGCCCGCAAGGGAAUCUUCACCAGCCACGUCGCUCCCCAGGGUAGCGGUGCUGAGGCUCUCGAUUACACUGUCAGCCGUGUCCUGAACGCCGAUACUAUCUUCAUCCGGAACAAGGCCGGCCAGGAGAAGAAGAUUAGCCUGACCAGCAUUCGCCAGCCCAAGCCUUCCGACCCCAAGCAGGCUCCUUUCUCUAACGAUGCCAAGGAAUUCCUGCGCAAGAAGGUCAUCGGUAAGAGUGUCAAGGUCACUGUGAACGGCAAGAAGCCCGCUACCGAAGGCUACGAGGAGCGGGAGGUUGCUACUGUUGUUCAGGGCAACACCAACAUCGGCCUGGCCCUUGUUGAGGCUGGUUACGCCUCUGUCAUCCGCCACCGCAUGGACGACCCCGACCGCUCCCCCGACUACGAUGCUCUGCUUGUCUCUGAGUCCGAGGCCCAGGCUGAUGGCCGUGGAAUGUGGUCUCCCAAGCCCCCCAAGGUGAAGCAGUACACGGACUACUCUGAGAGCGUUCAAAAGGCCAAGCUGGAGGUCGGUAUCCUGCAACGCUCCAAGCGCAUCCCCGCCGUUGUCGACUUUGUCAAGUCAGGCUCUCGCUUCACUGUUCUAGUCCCCCGCGAGAAUGCCAAGUUGACCCUCGUUCUGUCGGGUAUUCGUGCUCCUCGUUCCGCCCGUGGCCCCAAUGACGCUGGUGAGCCCUUCGGCCAAGAAGCCCACGAUCUGGCUAUCCGCCGCUGCAUGCAGCGCGAUGUUGAAAUUGAUGUCGAGACCAUCGAUAAGGUCGGUGGCUUCAUCGGUACUCUGUACGUGAACAAGGAGAACUUCACCAAGAUUCUGCUUGAGGAGGGUUUCGCCACUGUGCACGCCUACUCGGCUGAACAGUCUGGCCAUGCCAACGAGUACUUUGCCGCCGAGGAGCGGGCUAAGGAUGCCCGUAAGGGUCUUUGGCACGACUGGGACCCUAGCAAGGAGGUCGAGGCUGAGGAGUCUGAGGUUGCAAACGGUACCGGCAACGAGAGCGAGGCUGCUGCUGCGUCCCGUCGUAAGGACUACCGCGAUGUCAUGGUCACCCACAUUGACCCCGAGACUGGUCGCCUGAAGCUGCAACAAAUUGGCACCGGUACUAGCGCGCUUACCGAGCUGAUGAGCGCCUUCCGCGCCUUCCACAUCAACAAGGCUAAUGACACCCCCCUGCCCGGUCCCCCCAAGGCCGGUGAGUGGGUUGCGGCUAAGUUCACCGAGGAUGGUAACUGGUAUCGCGCCAAGGUUCGCCGCAACGACCGCGAGAAGGAGCAGGCCGAGAUUGUGUACGUCGAUUUCGGAAACUCCGAGAUCCAGCCCUGGAAGAACCUGCGCCCUCUUAACCAGCCCCAGUUCUCCGCCCAGAAGCUGCGUCCCCAGGCCGUCGAUGCAGUCCUGUCUCUCCUGCAGUUCCCCACCUCCCAGGACUACCUCGAGGAUGCUGUCGCUUUCCUGGGUGACCAGACCUUCGACCGCCAGCUGGUCGCCAACGUCGACCACGUCGAGCCCGAGGGUACUCUGCACGUCACCCUGCUCGACCCAUCUGUCUCCAAGAGCCUGGACCAGAGCAUCAAUGCCGACGUAGUCCGUGAGGGUUUCGCCAUGGUCCCCCGCAAGCUGAAGGCAUGGGAGCGCGCUUCUACCGACACCCUGGAUAACCUGCGGGAGCUGGAGACCGAGGCCAAGGCUGGCCGCCUCGGUAUGUGGGAGUAUGGUGAUCUGACUGAGGAUUAA